CUCGCACGAUAUUUUUGCAUCUAAAGGAAAACAAAGAAUAAGAACAUAACCAAAAGCCUCCAUAUUUUUUUCUAAAUCUUUCAAGCCAGGUUUCAUCAUCUACUACAAUAUCUCAGUUGAAUUGAUUAUGGUUGAACAAACUUCUUUUGAAUCCAAAGAUGAUAUUGGAGAAAUUGCCCCCUUUGAUCCCACAAAGAAAAAGAAGAAGAAAAAGGUUGUAAUCCAAGAUAUUGCAGAGGAUGAUCGCUUAUCUGAGAAGAUAGAUAACCUAUCUCUUGCUGAUGGAGUAGAAAAUGCAUUUGUGGGUAUGAAAAAGAAGAAGAAAAAACCAGUGGGAAGCGAUUUGACAAACGAUGGAAGUGCCCUUACAGGGCAUGGUGGUGAGGAUGAAGAAGAUGCAAACAACUCGCGACAAAAAUAUCCAUGGGAAGGAACCGACCGGGAUUAUUUAUAUGAGGAGCUUUUAAGUAGGGUUAUUCAUAUUUUGCGAGAAAACAACCCCGAACUCGCUGGAGAUAGACGAAGGACAGUGAUAAGACCCCCACAAGUUCUUCGAGAAGGCACAAAAAAGACCGUUUUUGUUAACUUUAUGGAUUUAUGUCGAACAAUGCAUAGACAGCCGGAUCAUGUGAUGACUUUCCUUCUGGCUGAAAUGGGAACAAGUGGUUCCCUUGAUGGUCAACAAAGAUUGGUAGUCAAGGGUCGAUUUGCUCCCAAGAAUUUUGAAGGAAUCCUUCGAAGAUACAUAAACGAAUAUGUGAUAUGCAAUGGCUGCAGAAGCCCAGAUACAAUUCUUUCAAAAGAGAAUCGUCUCUUCUUCCUUAGAUGUGAACAGUGUGGUUCUGGGAGGUCAGUGGCCCCCAUCAAGACUGGUUUUGUUGCACGAGUCGGCCGUAGGAAAGCUGGCUCCUAGUUUUAGUUCAAGUAAACAACUCUACAAUAAAAAUGUAACAAAUAAAGGAUUUAUAAAAUCUCCUAUUAACUUUUUUUUGAAGUAUUAUUUCAUUUCAUUAAUUUGACAAUGGAU